CUGAUUCAAUGAUUGGCGCCAAAAGCUCUCUCGAAAAAAAUAGGAAUGAUCGACCAAAAUCUAUAUUGUAAAAAAGUACUGAAAGCACAAUCCUUUAGAGAAAAUUUGGCAUUCAAAAAUGAAGCCCCCUAUUCAGCACGCUACUGAUCACUACAAUACCUAUCAAUAAUUAACGAUUUCCUGUUUCCAUUUCCUUUUCCAUUUCCAAUUUGGCAGCCUGUUUUUCAUUGUAUGCCCACAAAUUUUAUCUAUCUGUUUUCCCGCUCUUUGUGAAAAAUCCCCUCUUUUAUGAAUCCGGUUCUAAAUUAUACGGCAAUUGUAGGAGAGAGACUAUAAGACAGGAUAAGACUGCUUGAUAUAUUUUAUUUUUUCCUUUGAUUUUUUCCCCUGUUUGGCGCGGAAUACCUGAAAUUACUAUUUAUAUAUAGUAAAUAGUAGCUAAAGAGUAACCCUAUAGUUCUUUACGCUGCACACUUUACAACUUACUUACCCUGAGCGCCAUUUUCGCUAAGAGGCCCAGCAGAGCUUUAUAUGCUGCAAUUUGAGCCACAAACUAUGGAUGAAGAAGAGAAUAACACUGGUACUAAACCAGAGGAAGAAACCAGUCCGGCUAAAGCGAACAACGACGACAGUCGGCAGGAAGAAGGGAAGAACGCAAACGACUCCACCCGAGAUGGCGAAAAGGAUAGUUUCCUCGCCCCACUCCCUCCCGCAUCCCCCCGCAAGUCAAAGCAAAGUGAUAACAAAUCAGCGACUAUGACCUCGACGUAUUCGACCAACUCUGCAUCGAACAAAAAGAGCAGAACAAUCAAGAAGACAGCAAUCAAUGCAGUACUCAUGGAUGCCGCAGACUCGGACGAUGAGACCCCUCUCAAGUACCAGAUCACCAGGAGUCACAAGAUUGGCAAGGGAUCCACGGAGGCGGAUGGCAAGGAGGAUUCCAACGCCAAGUACAUCGAGUUCCUUAGCAGGUUCUGCAAGCAGUGCAAGCGGAAGAAGACCAUGUACCAGUCUAUGGGUAGACUCCUCAACAGGAUAGAUGUGUUCGCCCUCUUAGUGCCCCUCUUCAUAUUCGGAUGCAUACUCUCAGUCGUCCCCUUACUCAUAGGAUACUCUGAACUGAAGGGUGCCUCUGAUAGCUCUUCGUGUGGGGGUAGCAAGGGCAUGCUAGUGGUGACUACUCUGUUCGGAAUACUCACUCUCUCCUGGCUGGCACUGAGACAGUCUCUGUCUCUCACUAAGAUGUCUUCUGACUACGAGAGAAUGGCCAUGAACUACACUCACCUAGCUAACCAUAUAAGGUCCGUGCAAGUGCAGCUGCAGUCUUCGAUGAGUGAGGCGAGCAUAGAACUAGUGUUGCACCACCUCGACAAGUUCCACCAACAGGUGCGCCAGGAGAGGGACAGUCUUAGCAAGGCUCCCCGUUGGGUGAGGAAAAGAUUCACGGACUUGAUCGUGGAGGAGGAGCGGGAGCGAGACAUGCAGAGAGCCGAACAGCAGGAACACAACAUUGGGGGCAUAGGAUUCGAUUGAGGCGAAGGGGGGUGCAUAGAGAGAACAGGACGCGUAUGAAAUCUGACAAGGGGGUGUGAUGCAAUACCUUGUCGCAAAACUUCAUGAAAGAGAGGAUUAGAUUAAAUUGUUUUAAUCAUGUUUAUGAUUAAAUUCCGCUUUAAGUUUUAAACUGACAAAAAAAUUGAAAAAAGGAGCUAAUAACCGAAAACUAACUCAAAUAUUGGCGCAUGUUUGAUUUGUUUGCAAAAUUUUACGAUCUUGCUGAAUCGAUUUACAACAAAUUCUACAACAAAUUCUAGAGUAUUCGUUUUGUACUUUUUUAUACGAUGUAUUUAAAAAAUAAUUUCUGGCAAGCAGUGAUUUCAAUCAAAAUUUUAAAUUUUCCUCAAAUCCCAGACCAGGAUUUUGGUAAUUGAAGUUGCUUUAAGAGGAAAGCAUUUAUUCAUAGUAGAUGUAAUUAUAAACCAUGUUUUGUGCUGUAACAAUUCAAAAAGCAAUUCUGUUGUGAUUGUAAUUGAGCUCAGGGUCUUGAAUUCAUUAACGAUAUGUGAUAAAUCUUUCAUUUUGACAUGCACGAAUUGCUUGAAAUAAAAAUUGGAACCUUUUUUAAAA